AUGGAACGCAUUGUGGAAUACUCUGAAAAUCUAUCUACAGAUACAGACUCAUAUGCAAGGAUUGAUGAAGAAGCUUCACAACGCAAUGAAUUAGAGAACUUUAAUACUUUAAUUUUACCUAUUUCCACGUCAAAUACCUUCCAGUAUGAUCCCGAAUUGGAAGCACUCCAUGAAAAAGUCAUAAUAUUAAGAAAAGAGUUAUCGAGUGUUGUCUGCCAAUCCGAAUAUUCUGAAGCAGUGCGUGCAAAUGCUGAGUUGCAUGCAUCGCUCAUGAAAGUUCAGUUGAUGAGGCAAUUUAAAUGGCAUAUAUCCCUUUUACUAACAAUCUCCGCUGCUUUACACGACCAGGAGAACACAAAUCUACUGCAAGAUUCAAGGGUGAACAAUUCAGGCGAAGGUGUAAAUCCACUCACUGAUAGUUCAUUUCAAGCUGGGAGGAUACAAAAUGAUAUUGAGAAACUUGCUCAUGAGAUAAUAGCUGCAUUAAGAGACAAGAAUGUUCAGCUGAAAAAUCUCUCCAUCGAGAAAACUAUACUCCAAAAUUUGUACAAUGAACUGCUUCAAAGACAUGAAUGUUUAAAGAAACAGCAUGAAGGAACUCUAACUGUUAUUGAAGCACAGAAGGAAAGACUGUCAGCUCUUGAUAGUCUAAAUAAGGAUUUGACUGAAGGAAAUAGAAAUGUAUGUACCAAACUAUUGAUUACUGAAAAUUUGUUAAACAGAUUGAAAGUUCAAAAUUAUUCAAUUAGUCAAGAAAUUAAAACAAGCAUUGAAAACUACAUGAGUACAAUUCUUACUCGACACAUGGAUCAGAUUAGGUUAAAUUUUUUUCAAACAAAUCAAAGAAUCGAUGCACAGUUACAUCGACUCUUCGCAUUAAAACAAUAUCUUAAUGAGAAUAAAUCAAAAUUAAAAAUUGGCUUAUACAACAAUACUAAUGGUCGAAAGCAUACAUUUUGUCAAACAGAUCCAGAAUUGAUCCAACCUACUUCAAUGAAUCCAAAACGAAAUCAAUUCACUCAGAAACACCAUCAUCAUCAUCAUCAGAUGUGUACAUGGCCUUUUUCUAAAAAGAAAUUAAGGGCUGUUGAAGAUCAAAAAUCGAUUAUGCAUAAACUGCAUUCAAUUAUCAAAAUGCUCAAACAAAUUAAUUCAAUGAAUACGAAUUCAAUUGACAAAGAUAAUUCCAUGCAUAAAUCAAUAGAUAAAGCAUUCAACAUUCAACAGAAUAUAGAUACAUUAGAACAAACUGAACAACUAUUGAAUAUGAUCAAUAGUCAUUCAAAUCGGUUUAUGUCAACUGGCAAUAAAUCAAUUAUAUAUGACAAUCAAAAAGUACUACCGUCUUCAUCAUUGAACAAAUGCAUUGGGAAGAAAUUUUAUAACUUGAAAGUAAGUAAAAAGUACUGUUCCAUAGUACUGCUAUAA